AUGACAGAUAAGACUACUGCGAGCACAAAGCAAGAUAACGGCUCUCUCGAAGAGACACCUGAAAAAAGCAACCGAUCUGCUGGCGCGAACAAUGAGGAUAAUAAAGGCUACGAUGACGUUACAACAGACGAGGAAAAACACAAAGAUAACGGGGUUAAAAAGGAAGCCGACGGCAAAGAAGAAGUUGAGGACGAUGAAGAAAGCAGUGACGACGAUGAAGAUGAAGAAGAGGACGAUGAGGAUGAGGAUGAAGAUGAACCCAAACUUCGAUACAGGAGAGUAGGGGCUAGUGUAAAAGAGUUACUACAAAAAGAUACCGCUUCAACCUUGCGCGUGUCAGAUCGUUUUGUGGCUUUAGGAACUCAUUGGGGAGCUGUCCAUAUCCUUGAUUUUGAAGGCAAUGUCAUUAAGAGCUUCAAAAGCCAUUCAGCCACUAUCAACGAUAUCUCUAUCGAUAACUCAAUGGAAUAUGUAGCAAGUGCCUCUGAUGAUGGAAAAGUCAAUAUAUACGCACUUUAUACCCCCGAGAUACAAUCUUACAACUUCAAAAGGCCCAUCAAAUCAGUCGCCCUCGAUCCAGAAUAUGCUCGUAAAGGAGCCAACAAAAAGAAAUUUGUCUCGGGUGGGUUAGCCGAGCAACUUAUCCUCAGCACGCAGGAGAAACGAACCAAUUGGUUCUCAUCAGGAACAGCAUCAUCCACAACAACAUCAAAUCAUAACUAUCAUCAUAAAGAUGUUGUAUUACAUGCUAAUGAAGGACCUAUUUACGCCAUCCGUUGGGCCAAAAAUUUCAUUGCUUGGGCUAAUGAUACAGGUGUCAAAAUUUACGACACAGAUACGAAUCUACGCAUUACUUAUAUCGAUCGACCAGAAAAUAGUCCUCGUGCUGAAUUGUAUCGUUGUCGAUUGGCUUGGAAAACGGAUCAUAAGACUUUGUUGAUCGGUUGGGCCGAUACGGUGAAAGUAGCCGUCGUGCAGCCUAAGCCCGAACCAGUGCAUCCAGGACAGCCUCGUUAUUAUGUAGAGAUUGUGCAUAUGUUUCAAACAGAUUAUAUGAUUUGUGGUAUUGCACCGUUUGGAGAUAUGUUGAUGCUCUUGGCUUAUUUCACAGAAGAGCAACAAAAGCGCGAUCAGGAUGAAGAUACAGAGCUCACCUCUCGAAGAAACGGAAAUAGAUGGCUGGCCUCAAAACCUGAACUUCAUAUCAUCAACGCCAACAAUGAGGAGAUUUCUGCUGACGUAUUAGCGUUGCACGGAUUCGAACUUUACCAAGCAAAUGAUUAUGUCUUGGACUUUUUAAUGGACGAUAUAGAUAGUGAAGUAGCGGAACUCAAUGAUGAGAAGAAGACAAUGGACGACCUUGUUGCAAUGGCUGAUAGUAUGUUCUAUAUUAUGGGCCCGAAAGAUCUGAUCGCAGCUCGUUCAAGAGAUGUCGACGAUCAUAUCGAAUGGUUGUUGGAUCAUGAAAAGUUUGGAGACGCUCUCACAACACUACGCGCUUUGUCCACGCCGUCCAAGCGAUUUAACGAGGAAGAAGUCGGUCAAACGUAUCUGCAUUGGCUUAUGAAAGUGAAACAGUACCAAGAAGCAGCAAAAGAAUGCCCUUCUAUUCUUAAACAUGAUCCCGCGCUUUGGGAAGACUGGAUUUUCAGAUUUUUAGAGCUGGGCGAACUUAGUGCAAUUGCUCCUUUCAUACCCAUCGAGGAUCCCCAAUUGAGCAGCACAGUUUAUGAGAUUGUUCUUGCUUGUUUUCUUAAAAGCGAUUAUGAAGGACUAUUAAAGACAAUACAGCAGUGGCCUAAAACGUUGUAUAGUCUUUCAAACGUCAUCGUAGCAGUAGAAGAUGUAUUGAGGAAAAAAGAGAAGAAGCAACAACACCAUCCUAUUACAAACGAGGAUAAAGAUGAUGAGAUUCUGCUAGAAUGCCUUGCAGAGUUAUACACGAUGAAUAAUCAACCUGAUAAAGCCAUCGAGUACAAUUUGCGAUUGAGGAGACCAAAUGCAUUUGAACUCAUUCAAGAAUACAAUAUGUUUGAUGCGGUAAAGGAUAAAGCCGUUUUGUUGCUGGAGUUUGAUCAGUAUUUAGCCGGAAAAGAAGGCAAUAAGCAGCAGCUGUCGAAAAUGCCUGCAGUUCAACUUUUGGUGAAAAACACAGACGCGAUUCCUCCUGCCAAGGUGGUCAAACAACUAGAACGUCACCGUCAGUUCUUACAUAUUUAUUUGGAUGCAUUAUUUGAUCGUGAUCACCAAUUGGGUUUCCAAUUUCACGACCUUCAAGUCGAGCUAUACGCAGAGUAUGAUUAUCCCAAAUUGUUGCCUUUUUUACGAGCCAGUCAUUAUAUAUCUUUGGAGAAGGCUUUCAAGCUGUGUGAAAAGAAAGACUUGGUGCCUGAAAUGGUGUUCAUUCUGGGUCGGAUGGGUAACAAUAAGAAAGCUCUUAUGCUGAUUAUAGAAAGAUUAGGAGAUGUACAAAUGGCGAUUGAUUUUGCUAAAGAACAAAAGGACAAUGAACUCUGGGAAGACUUGCUGACGUAUUCUAUGGAUAAACCAAAGUUUAUUUGUGGUUUGCUUGAGAAUGUGGGUACCGAGAUCGAUCCACUUCGACUUAUCCAACGUAUUCCGGACGACUUGGAAAUACCAGGCUUAAAAGAGGCCUUGAUCAAAAUAUUGCAAGACUACAAUUUACAAAUGUCCCUACACGCGGGUUGUGAAAAGAUAUUAGUAAGGGAUAGUGUAUUUUUAGCGGACAAGAUGUAUAAGGCUCAGAAAAGAGGCGUUCACUGUCAUCGUAAGUUUAUACAAAUUUGCUGUUGUUGGCUUAUUGUUAUUAUUACUAUUGGGUUUACUCAACCUCAGAAUCAACGUUACUUUAUCUAG